AUGAUUAAAUAUAAACCUGAAGGUGCUGAAUCAAAUUCACCAGCUUCACAAGGUUAUGCAUUAUUUAAUUUCAAUCCUGAUUAUUCAGAAUUGACCAAAAAUGAUUGUUUGUACAGAACAGAUCCAAUGAGUGAUGUAGGUCCAUUUCCUUGGAAUUGGUUUCAUGAUACACAAUUGAUCGUUGAUCAACAAGAUCAUACUAAAAUUCAACCAUGGUUUCCAUUACCAUCAAAUCUUAUCAAUAAGGGUAAACAAUGGAUACCAGAAAUACAACUAAAUGCUACAAGAUAUGAUUCACCUGAAAUAUGUGAUUUACAACGAUCUGGUCUUGGAAAAGUUCCAUGUUUAAGUUAUUUUGAAACAGAAGAUAGACCAGUUAAAACUAUUCGUGCACGUGCUGCUCAAGGUAGUUUCGAUAGUGAUGAAUACAUAACUACUGUUUAUUUAUCAUUUGUUCAUGGUAUUCCAUCACAAGCUGAAUAUUUAUUCGAUUUACCAAAACAAUGGCCUUCUUAUUGUGGCAAUGCAAAUACAGGCUUUAAUGUAGAACCUCAGCAUGGAUAUGUAGUAACUCCAGAUGGUCAAGAUCAUUUUACAUUAAAAUUACAAACACCAUUAGUUCGUUCACUUGGUGAUCAAGUCAAAGUUGAGUUUAAAGUACAACCAAACUGGUAUUACAAUGGUACGCAAUGUGCUAAAUUUAAUCCAAUUAUUUUUAAUCAAGAAAACUGGGAUAAACCAUUACAAGUUGAUAUGUCGUUUAUUGAUUAUGGAUGUUGCACAUAUGCAAUUACAGCAAAUGGUAGUGGAUAUGAAUGGUCAUAUACAACACAAACGUUUGUUGUUUAUGCAUGUGAUGGACAAGCUGGAUACGGUUGCACUGGCAAACAACCAUGUGGAGCCUAA